GGGGCAGGCGAUCGCCUGGGGAAGCGGGGGCAGGACGAGGGCCCGAGCCUCAGCAGCUCCCGCUCGCUCCGCAGCCGCAGGGACUGCUCUGCGCCCGCCCGGUGCGCUCUCCUUGGCCUGAGGACUCGCGCUGCCCCGCCGCUGCCAUGUGUGCGGCUCGGACGCCGCCGCUGGCGCACAUCUUCCGAGGGACUUUCGUCCACUCCACCUGGACCUGCCCCAUGGAGGUGCUUCGCGAUCACCUCCUCGGCGUGAGCGACAGCGGCAAAAUAGUGUUUUUGGAAGAAUCAUCUCAACAAGAAAAACUGGCCAAAGAGUGGUGCUUCAAACCAUGUGAGAUCAGAGAGCUGAGCCACCAUGAGUUCUUCAUGCCAGGCCUUGUUGAUACACACAUCCAUGCUCCUCAGUAUGCCUUUUCUGGAAGCAACGUAGACCUGCCACUUUUGGAGUGGUUGACCAAGUACACAUUUCCUACAGAACAAAAGUUCCAGAGCACUGAACUUGCUGAAGAAGUCUACACCAGAGUUGUCAGGAGAACACUAAAGAAUGGUACAACCACAGCUUGCUACUUUGGAACAAUUCACACUGACUCAUCCCUGCUCCUUGCGGAAAUUACAGAUAAAUUUGGACAGCGAGCAUUUGUGGGCAAAGUAUGCAUGGACAUGAACGACACUGUUCCAGAAUACAAGGAGACCACUGAGGAAUCAGUCAAGGAGACAGAGAGAUUUGUGUCAGAGAUGCUUCAGAGGAACUACUCAAGAGUGAAACCCAUAGUGACUCCACGCUUUUCCCUUUCUUGCACGGAGACCCUGAUGAGUAAACUUGGCAACAUUGCCCAAACACAUGAUCUGCACAUCCAGAGCCAUAUAAGUGAAAAUCGUGAAGAAGUUGAAGCUGUGAAAAACUUAUACCCUGGUUACAAAAACUACACAGAUGUCUAUGAUAAAAAUAAUCUUCUGACAAGCAAGACAGUCAUGGCACAUGGCUGCUACCUUUCUGAAGAAGAACUGAACGUCUUCAGUGAAAGAGGAGCAUCCAUUGCACAUUGUCCCAACUCUAAUUUAUCGCUGAGCAGUGGCUUACUGAAUGUACUUGAUGUCCUGAAGUAUAAAGUCAAGAUAGGCCUGGGGACAGAUGUGGCUGGUGGUUACUCCUAUUCCAUGCUUGAUGCCAUCAGAAGGGCAGUGAUGGUUUCCAACAUCCUCUUAAUCAAUAAGGUGAAUGAGAAAAGCCUCACCCUCAAAGAAGUCUUCAGACUAGCUACUCUUGGAGGAAGCCAAGCCCUUGGGCUAGAUAGUGAGAUUGGAAACUUUGAAGUUGGCAAGGAAUUUGAUGCUCUCUUGAUCAAUCCCAAAGCAUCGGACUCUCCCAUUGAUCUGUUCUAUGGGGAUUUUGUUGGUGAUAUUUCUGAGGCCGUUAUCCAGAAGUUCCUCUACCUAGGAGAUGACCGGAAUAUUGAGGAGGUUUAUGUGGGUGGAAAGCAGGUGGUACCAUUCUCCAGUUCAGUGUAAGACCCUUGGGCAUCCAUGAUGUUCUCCUGGGAUGACAUGGUUCUGCAUCUUCCUUGUGCCCAGAUGCUGGUUAGAAAGUAUAUUUUGAAAAAAAGUACUGCGUUCUUUGGAUGACUUCUGUUUCUUUAUCUACUUCCAGUGCUCACUUGGCAAAUUGCGCAAAGGAAGUGCACUGCUUCUCGACUCUGUUGGGAGCAUUCAUAAUUUCAUGACAGUGCCUCCUUCAGGGCUGCUUAGGUUUGUGUUAAGCUCAUGCAGAAGGCAGUGUUAACAGCUGGCGCUAUGCUUCUAAUAUUGAAGUAAAACCUUUCUGUAUAGGGAAAUACGGUGCAAAGAAAUAUCCCUAUGUUAGACAUUCUGAGCUAAGUGAUAAGUAGGAAACAUCGGGUGUACCAUGGAGUAGAUUUUUAUGAGAAGGCACAUUCUAGACUGUGAACAGAUGUUGGAAAAACCAAUGACUGUACUUGGAAAUUAAGUCCUGAGAACACUCAUGUAAAAAGAGAACUCACUGGAUUUUAAAAUGUGCUUCUAGGUUGACCUUAUCUAUGGAAAUUCGCAAUUCAUGGAAUUUGCAUUUCAGAGAUGUGUUAUUGUUAUAAUUUGCCUUCUUUAGGGAUGAAUGUCAGAACCCGAAUGGAAUGCCACAUGCUUUUCAAAUACAGUUCUGUGCUUCAAAGUGUUUGACAGAAGUUGAGUAUUAAAGAUUUAAAGUCUCUUAGGGAUAGUAUUCAUAUAGCCACAUGGCAUAAAUAGUUGUGUUUUUGUGUACUUCAAAGUCACCUUGAUUUCUGGCUGUGUGGUGUUACAAUUGCUUCCAUUUUAUUAGAUGAGAAAUAAGCCCCAUGUACCGCUGCUGUGUAGACUGGGGUCUGCAUCCCUCAGAACUGUUAACAGUAACAAGACAAGGUUCUUUGCAAUGCUGAAUCUACUCAACUUAAUGUGUAUAAUGUGUCAAUGUUGCUGUAAAGUUCACCCUCCUAUCAAUGUCCUAGAACUUAAAAGCCAAGUGUAAGUCCUUUAAAGAACUAUGGAUAAGGCUCUGUAAGGCCUCUAGACUGAAAGUACUCUUUCUUUCUAAUUUAUCAAAUUAUUGCUUGAAUUCCUUAAGAUUUUUCUGGCAUUAAAAUCUUAGGAUAAUGAAAAGGUUGUAGAAAUCCCAUUUAGUGUUCAUAUUAGUAGGACUUAUUAUACUAGACAUGAAGGAAUAUUAAACAGAAGAGGGCAUUUUAGCUUUCCUAACUAACAUAGUGUCCCUUCUUAUAAUAAUUAAAACCAGAUUAUAACCACAUGGCAGAUUCUUAGGAAGCAGUGAUGUGAGCUCUACUUGAAAUACAACAUUUGUCUUAAUUUAUUCCAUGCCCUAUAAACAAUGAAAAACAGGGAGCAGGUUUUGUUAACAUAUCCUUUCAUUCCCAGGGUUUAGGUGAGUUUCCAUAUUAUCUUACAACAGAAAAACCUUAGGCAAUAGAGUUAAUUCUGUGUAUUCAAGUUUGAGAGCACACAGUUCCUCUACUGCCCUGUAAACUUCAGUUUCACAUAGCAUGCUAACUCAGCAGUAAUUUCUCCAGAUUUAUUUUCCUGGUAGAAGUACUUUUAGAUUUGGUUGCGUAUACAUUGCAUCUAAAGAUUUACAAGGCCAAAUAUACAAAUAUUUGGCCUUACUUAGUUUUAUUUUAAAAAACAAAACAAAACAAAACAAAAGACAGUUUGUUUUGUGGGAUAGAAGUGAAGGCAUCCACCUUCUGGUCUUAGUCUGAAUGUCCAGUGUAUCUAGCACAUCAGCCACAUCAAAAUGAUCUACCAAAUCCCCUGCUCCAUUUCUCUCUGAGGUUGGCAAGUGUUUUUUGCUGUAGCUUUUGACUCUUGCCAAAGGCACUUAGUUGCAGGGCAUCCAACCAGAGUGAUGAGGCCUGAGUAGCUUAAGCACGUGUUGAAUAAGAGCUGUGCUAGCCAGCAGCUACUUCCAGCCUCCACAGAUCCCACACUCAUCUUCCUUAAGGGUGUGCAUUUUGAUACUGAGCAUCGGCUUUUGUUUAAACUUAAGAUUCACACACAGUAAUAUAAAUAAGUGUAAUUCUGGAAGCAAGAAUAACAGUCAUUCAACACUAUCCUGUUAAGCAUCCAGAUUAGUCCUGAUAGUGUGCUAGGAGCUGAGUAACUUCUAAUAAAAACAAUGUGUUGAAGUGUUUACAUGUACCUUGAUCUCCCUGCAUCCCUUAUAACUUAUGUGUUCUAUUUUCCCAAGUGAAGUGUUCCUGAGUGUUAUGUAUGCUGUUUCAGUGCUCUACACAUGGGGCCAGGUGUCCUGCACUUUGAAAUGUUGCCUCUGCCUAAUGCAGGCUGACUUUCUGAAUUACAGACAGGCACUACUUCUAGCCUAUCCCAGUUGUCACUUUUUGCUGGAAUGGUUUGCUCUCUUUAGAAGAAAGGGAGAAAAAAAGAGAGAGGAGGGAGGGAGGGAGGGAGGGAAGA